UGUUCUCCCUUCCUCCCCAGCUACAGCUUCCCAAGUCCAUCACCCAUCUAUUGGAACCAGCAGCGCCUCCUAAUCUAAAGUGUAUUACAUGCCACGUUGCCGAGCUCACUGAUGAGCGGUCCUUGGACGUAUAACACACAAACACACACACUCACACUCACACACCCUUACGCAGCAGCACACACACCACCAGCGCGCGCACGCAUUCAAUCACAAUCACACUCGCACCCGCAUGUGUGUGUGGCUGCUCCUUGCAUGUUUCCACGUUGCGUCGUUGCGCCCACCGGGUUCAAGGUGAGCCAUCAUGUCUCAGAGGCCUCUGGAGCAUGGCAAGCCUUUCCCUCCCCCCUUCUUCAUCCCGUCCCUCCCUCCAGUUCCACGUCCUCGGCUCCUCGGCGCCCCUCCCCCCCCCCUCUUACCCGUCGGCAGGCGUUCCGUACGCAGUCCCCCACCUCCCGUUGGUGGCCGUUGGCGCGGAGGAAGGGGGCAACGUCGGAUCCGUUCCUGACAAGACGCGACAGACUACUUGCUCUCACCCCGGCGUGGCGCGUAACGUCGUUCGUCGUUCGUCGUCAUACAUGGCUCGUCCUUUCUCUCACAUCGACGGUCCCGAAUCUCAUAAACACCAAAUAGGCUCAAAAACUUGUUUUAUUUCAUUCCCCCCCCUUC